AUGGAGAACACUAAACCAAUCAUUACUCCGGUGAUAGUGAAAGGUGCAAACUAUCUAUUGUGGAAAAGGACCACAAAGACCGCUCUUAGUGGCCGGGGACUAUGGAUCCACAUUGAAACGGACCAACUCCCCAAGAAAGCCAACAAAGAAGACGGAAAAGAAGUGAAGGAAGAAGACAAGGAGGCUGAACUCGAAAAGGAAGUCAAAUGGUUCCAAGAAGAUCAUACCGUGCUUGCUAUCCUUCAAAAGUUGCUUGACGCACCCAUCCUUGAAGCAAACUCAUAUUGCAAGACGGCUAAGGAGUUGUGGGAUACGCUUGCGAAUGUGUAUGGAAAUGUGACUAACUUGACUCGUGUCUUUGAAGCUGAGCUUGAGAUGCUUCGACCAAGCACAAUAGAUCCGGCCAUCCUCAACGAGAGAAAAGAGCAGGACAAAGUCUUUGGCCUACUUCUCACCUUGAAUCUGGCGUUCAAUGACCUUAUUAAGCACAUAAUAAGAGGCGACAAGCUUCCUACUCUUGAAGAUGUGUGUUCUCAAGUACAAAAGGAACAAGGUUCACUGGGGCUCUUUAGUGGGAAGGAAGACCUAGUCACCGCCAACAAAGGAGUCUACAAACAAGAGGAAAGAAAAGUGGUGGUGUGUGACCAUUGUAAGAAAAGAGGCCAUGUGAAGGACAAGUGCUGGAUUCUUCACCCUCAUCUCAAGCCGGCCAAGUUCAAGGCGCAUCUCUCUCAAGAAGGAACAAGUGGACAGGGAUCCUGUGCUGCAAACCAAGGAAACGCCACUGUCAUGGCCGCAUCCUAUGGGGACUUUGUGAGGAAAUCAGACCUAGAGGCCCUCAUUCGAUCCAUUGCAACACUAAAGGAUUCUGGUAUCACCUUCUUUGCUUCUAAACCCAGUAGAUCGCUUGUUGUUGACUCUGGUGCUUCUCAUCACAUGAUAAGUAAUCCUAGUUUAUUAAACAACAUAAAACCGGCCCUAGGAAAUGUUAUUAUUGCAAAUGGAGAUAGUAUACAUGUUAAGGGAGUAGGAGACUUGAAAUUAUUUGAUAAGAACUCCAAAGCUUUCUUUAUGCCCAAUUUUACAUCAAAUCUAUUAUCGGAUAUUGAGACAGGAAAGGUUCUUGGGAAAGGAAAUGCUAAUGGCGACCUCUAUGUCCUAGAGAAAAUUAAUGAUGUUACACCAAGCUCCUCUCCUUGUGUUUCUUUUAAAACUAGUCUUAAUUAUGUUACUAAUCACUUCAAUGCCAAAAUUAAGGUACUAAGAUCGGACAAUGGAGGAGAAUACACUGGCCAUCGAUUCAAAGAACACUUAGCUAAGCAUGGCAUCCUACACCAAACAAGCUGUCCCUACACGCCGCAACAAAACGGAGUGGCCGAGAGGAAGAAUCGCCAUCUUAUGGAAGUGGCUCUAUCAAUUAUGUUUCACAAACAUGUUCCUAAAAGAUAUUGGGAAGAUGCUUUGAUGACAGCUUGUUACUUGAUCAAUCGGACACCAACCAAAGUGCUGCAAGAUAUCUCUCCGUUUGAGGUACUGAACCAAAUUAAACCAUCUUUGAACCACUUACGUGUGUUUGGCUGCGUGUGUUUUUUCUUAAUCCCAGGGGAACAAAGGACCAAGUUAGAUGCCAAGAGCACCAAGUGCAUGUUUAUAGGCUACGCAAUAAGUCAGAAGGGUUACAAGUGUUAUGAUCCAACCACGAGCUGUUUACUGGUCUCUCGCGAUGUCAAGUUCAUGGAGAAUGCUGGCUAUUUCGAGAAAGGCGACUGGAAUGACUUGAAAGAUCUCUCUUGCUCACCGAAUGAUCGCUCUGCAAGUUUGCGGUUCCUUCUCGAACAUCUUGGCAAUGCACUGGCUCCUCAAGAAUCCGAAAAGGUGAUGUCACCAAACAGCAUAACUCCACCGGUCGAACCUACCUCCUCGGAUACACCUACUACUCCGAUGGCACCUCCUGACUUACAUCCUACUGAUUCUUCGAACUACAAUGGUGAUGAUGAGCCUCCUACCAUCUUGAGCCCUGCUUCCUCCCUUGGCGACCAACCGAUCAUCCAAGAGGAGGUUGUUCCGGUCCAACCUCUUCGCCGUAGUGACCGUGUCAGGUCUCAUCCCUCCACAUGUAAAAACAAGCGUGUGUACUAUAAUAACCAAGUUGUGGCUCAUCCUAUCCAAUUUGUCUGUUCGCUUGACCUUCUACCAUCAGACUUCCAAGCCUUCAUUAGCAAGAUUGAUGAACAUUAUAUUCCUCAAACUUAUGAUGAAGCGCGUGAAAGUAAGGAGUGGUUGGAUGCAGUUCAGGAUGAAACUGGUGCUAUGAUCCGCAACCAUACUUGGAAUGAAGCUGACUUACCAAAAGGCAACAAAGUUGUUAGCUCUCGCUGGGUGUUCACCAUUAAGUAUUUGAGUACGGGUGACAUCGAGCGUUACAAGGCUCGCUUAGUUGCUCGGGGGUUCACUCAAACGUAUAGGGCUGACUAUACGGAUACUUUUUCACCGGUGGCCAAGUUGCAUACAAUAUGUGUUGUUCUCUCCCUCGCUGUGAACCUCUCAUGGGACCUUUGGUAA